GGCUAGCUCGACCCCUCUGUUCAACAUGUCUCCUUCGCAGACCCUUCUCUGUCAGUAGAAGAAGCGUCGGGAUUUCUCGCCAAACAACUACGUGUUCAGGGUUAGCACUAAGCUAGCGGGCCGUUGUCAGCCAGGAGCCAGAACCUCAGCAGCAGCAUCAUCAUCAAUGGUGUGUCUACAUCCCGGAGCCGUCACGUUCUCCUGUGUGCGCUCGAUGAACCAUCUCCUCAGCUCUCAGCACAGCUGCACAUGUAUGGCGUUUGCGAGGCUUGGAGGGGAGUUUUGCCAAGCCCAGCACCUGAUGCUCAUUGUGGACAAGUGAACGGGAGACAGCAGCAAGGCACACACACUGCCAUUCACUUACACAGGUCCUUCCUGCCAUCUUGUUCAAUCGUAUGAAGACAAGCCAAAAUUCAGUCUGUGACCUGUCCUGGGGAGUGGGGGAGGAUUUGGACCAGGAGUUUCCUUUCUGCUCUUCUACUUUCAUGCUUUUCCUUCCUGCUUCACAUCUCACUCUCACGAGUCUUCUCUGAAUGGGCUAAGAGAUUUUGAAAGGAAGGAAGGAUAUAUAUUUUCGGUCCUCAGUUUUUUUUCUUCUGGACUUUAGGUGUCUUUUCCCGUCGUCUUCAUCCCAAUCUGCUAAAUUUAAAUUUAGUUUUCAAGAGAUCGUUUAAAUUUUUUCCUUCACUGCCAAAAAAGUUUAGAUUUUUAUCCUUUUUCUUCUUUAUUUAUCUUUUCCCCCUGUUUUUGAUUCAAAAAACUUUUUCUUGCCAAUUGAGUAGAAUAUUUACAUUUGUUGCCCAUAAAUAAUUUUUGGUUUAGUGAUAUUUACAUUUUUUAGUGUUCUAGAGUUUUACUUUUUUUCUAAAAGCACACUUUGCUUUUUAUCUUUAAUUCUUCAUCAACAACCCUUUUGUUGGUCUAAACAUGAACCGCCCGGCUCCAGUGGAGAUCUCCUAUGACUGUCUGAGAUUCCUCAUCACGCACAACCCCACCAAUGCACAACUGGGAAGGUUUAUAGAGGAUCUAAAGGCAUUUGGCGUUAACACCUUGGUACGAGUGUGUGCUGCUACGUAUGACAAGACACCGGUCGAGCAAGAAGGCAUACAAGUUCUGGAUUGGCCAUUUGAUGAUGGCUCAGCUCCUCCAGACCGGGUGGUGGACGACUGGUUGAACCUGCUACAGACAAAGUUUCGAGACGAGCCUGGCUGCUGUGUGGCUGUGCACUGUGUUGCUGGACUGGGACGAGCUCCUGUGCUGGUGGCCCUGGCUCUAAUUGAGUGUGGGAUGGAGUAUGAAGAUGCCGUGCACUUCAUAAGACUGAAGCGUCGUGGGGCGUUCAACUCCAAGCAGCUGCUUUACCUUGAAAGCUACAAACCUAAACUGUGUCUGCGCUCCAAAGAUGCCAACGGACAGAGCUGUUGUAUACAGUAGGAAUCUACAACCCCAAAAUAGCCUCACCGCAACUUCUUAGGAGAGUUAACCUGUUUGGUUACAUUUUUCUGUUAAUAUUUACCCCUUGAUCGUUAUUCAAAGCACUUCAUGUCAUUUCAGAAAUGUAAAGACCUCACUGUGAAGUCCUGCAAAUAUUCACUGUAAUCAAGCAACUUCUGAUUUUACAUCAAAAAUUUGCCUAAAGAGUGGACGUGUUAAAGGUUUUUAUUUCUGUUGGUCUGUAACCUCACCUCAACCUGAAGCAGAACUGCACAAAUCCUCACAUUAAACCCACAGUCUGACGGAACUAAUUUUACAGUUGGGGUAAGCAAUUUCUGUGGAACGACUGUAGAUCGAUUUUAACUGAGGGAACAAAAUCAAUUCAUCUGCUUCUUCAGCAGCUCCACUUCCCACAUUCCUACCUAUGCAUUGCCACGGUAAACCACUGAUCCCCAAAAGUUGGGAUUAACCCAAAAAAAUGAGUAAAUGGGACAACGCACUAAGCAAAUGUGACCAAAUUAAUGUUACCCACAUGUCAAACAGAAACAGGGCAACCUCUUUCCCCUUUCAUCCUAUUCAACUCUGGUCUCUCCAACGUUGAAACAGCUCACGAUGUUCACGUGGGUCUUCACCUUUUCGAUAUUUCAUUAUCUUAUUUGGGUUGGCUGUAGUCUAUGGUUCUUCAGCACUUAGCAAUUGGAGCACCACUGUGAAAAUGAUUGUGGUUAUACAAUCCUGUGAUUUAGCAGUGUUAGCAUUUCCAGUGGCUAACAGUAGUUGUUACGUUCUGAAACAGUUGUGGCGGUGUUCGUUAUCCGAGGCCACUUUAUCCCUCGAUAGUAGAAGACACUUGAAUGAUAACAUUAUCUCAUUUAAGAUGUAACAGGUAAUAUUUACAUGUUUUAUUAAAAAUCACACCAAGGAAGAUGAUUACAGUACUGUUAGCACAUACUUCUUACGACUGUUCCUGUGGAAAUCACAGCCCCCCCCAUUCUUUGUUUGAGCAUGAACACCCUUGUUGCUGAUUGGGUGAAACAUUGUUGUGCUGUUCAGGUCACCCAGCUGUCUUUGUUUCCCAAAUACAGAUUUUUUUGAGCCCACACACAGUGAGUGUACAGCUAGCUGGCCAAGAGGAGCUAUUGUCAGAAUUUGGCUAAAUGUAUUUUGGAUUAAAAUAUACCUACCUUUAACUGUCCCUGUGAACUCAAGUUUUCUUGGCUGUUAAAAUGGAAAUACAAUCACAACGGUCACCCUCUACAUUCAAAGUAAUAGAUGCAGCUAAAAUAAAUGCUGCUGAUGUAAACACAGAUUUUUCGAAUUGAGAAUUUUGACAUAUUAAAAAUGAUAUAGCAUUGAGUAAAUAGUUGGCAGUAUGUGCUAUCAGAGGCAUGCUGGUUUAUUGCACAUCAAACCACACAGUGGUCCACACUAAUUUAUUUAUUUUUUCAAAUUGUUCCACUUACUGACCAAAACAUUGCUCUGCAGCCAGAUUGUGGCACAGGAAGAGACAGAUUUAACAAAAAAACGUGUUCAGAAGAUGAAAACGUAAAUGGGACAAUCUACCAACUUAGUAAUUUUCCCACGUCAGUCAUAGGAGCACAGUCUGCUUCUCUGGAACAAAGUCACGUCAGCUGUAAAUGUUAAACCGUCUUUCGUCAUGUCACCAAUGGCAUAAAGCCAAAAUGUGAAAGAUGAGAUGGUGAAUGUGUUCAUGACAGAACACUGAAAGUUUCUGGUAGAUUAUCAUCUUUUAGAUGUUGAAAACAAACAGAAUAAAUGACAUGUCCUCAGUUGUUUGCUGCAGUGAAGUGUUCACUCCACAGUGUCUGCUCUUUGAUAUUAAGUGGAAAUGUGUUUACAGCCCAGAGGUUGUUACUGAAUGACAGUAAGCUUAAGUCAAACCCAUGAACAUGUUAGUAAGACGUAUAAGAGACAUUUAACAAAGCAGGACUGAUGAGCCUUUACUCACACACACAGUCAGAGAACAUUGGUGACCCAGUUAACUGAACUAAAAGGACAAUCUUCCAAAAACUUUCUGUGUUUUUCCAACAACAAGCAUGGAACAGGACUGUGAAGCCAACAUGGCUGCCACUGAACACGUAAUGGCCGUUGUCUCUGUCGGGUUCUGUACCUACAUGGCUGUCUGCUCAGCUGCUGUGUUUGUGAUUUUGGUCUUUGUGAUGAUCUUGUUUAUUUUCUUUCCCUUGUACCUCUUAUCUAUUUGUACUUUGUGUUUAUUUAUUGACUCCAAUGUGUUUUCUUUGUGAAAUGUUCGUCUGCUGGAGGGAAAAAAAUCAGUUAGUCUUGAAAGAUUAAAGUGUUUAGUACUUUAA